UUAUAGCCCGGUACCCGCACGUCCCCGCCGCCGCCACCAUGUCGAGCCGGGAGCGGACGGGAGCAACCAAUGUGGUUUACCAGGCCCAUCAUGUCAGCAGGAGUAAGAGAGGACAAGUGGUUGGUACCAGGGGUGGAUUUCGAGGCUGCACAGUUUGGCUAACAGGCCUUUCUGGUGCUGGCAAGACAACCAUCAGCUUUGCUCUGGAAGAGUACUUGGUCUCUCACAGAAUCCCUUGCUAUUCCCUGGAUGGUGAUAACGUUCGGCAUGGCUUGAAUAAAAACCUGGGCUUCUCACCAGGGGACCGGGAGGAGAACAUCCGCCGCAUCGCAGAGGUAGCCCGGCUGUUUGCUGACGCGGGGCUCGUCUGCAUAACCAGUUUCAUUUCUCCUUUUGCAAAGGACCGUCAAAAUGCACGGAAGAUUCAUGAGGCAGCUGGGCUUCCUUUCUUUGAAAUCUUUGUAGAUGCUCCCCUAAAUAUUUGUGAAAGCAGAGAUGUGAAGGGCCUGUACAAAAAGGCAAGAGCUGGUGAGAUCAAAGGAUUCACAGGAAUUGACUCAGAGUAUGAGAAGCCUGAAACUCCCGAACUAGUGUUGAAAACAAGUGUUGCAUCAGUGUCUGAGUGUAUUCAGCAGGUUGUGGAGCUCCUCCAAACACAAAACAUUGUCCCCCAUGGCUCAGUUAAGGAUGUCCUUGAGCUGUUUGUACCUGAAAAUAAACUCAGUAGUGUCCGAGCUGAAGCGGAAAUGCUGCCCUCUGUGGAGAUCACUAAGCUGGAUCUGCAGUGGGUGCAGGUGCUGAGUGAAGGCUGGGCCACCCCCCUGACCGGCUUCAUGCGUGAGGCAGAGUACCUGCAAGUGAUCCAUUUCGGGACCCUGAUGAACGGAAGGAAUCGCUCUGUAGCUGACGGCGUUGUCAACCUGAGUGUCCCCAUCGUGCUGCCCAUCUCCACGCAGGACAAGGAGCGCCUGGAGGGCUGCGAGGCCGUGGUGCUCACCCACGCGGGGAGGAAGGUGGCUGUGCUGAAGAGCCCUGAGUACUUCCAGCACAGGAAAGAGGAACGCUGUGCCCGGGUCUGGGGCACCACCUGUGCCAAGCACCCCCAUGUCAAAAUGGUGAUGGAGAGUGGAGACUGGCUGGUUGGUGGAGACCUCCUUGUGCUGGAGAAGAUCAAAUGGAAUGAUGGGCUGGACCAGUACCGCCUGACACCACUCACUCUCAAGCAGAAGUUCAGAGAAAUGAAUGCUGAUGCUGUCUUUGCGUUCCAGCUGCGCAACCCCGUGCACAACGGGCACGCCCUGCUCAUGCAGGACACACGGAGACAGCUUUUGGAGAGGGGUUACAAAAACCCUGUGCUUCUCCUGCACCCCUUGGGAGGCUGGACCAAAGAUGAUGAUGUCCCGCUGGAGUGGAGGAUGAAGCAGCACACGGCAGUGCUGGAAGAGCAAGUUUUGGACCCAAAGUCAACCAUCGUGGCCAUCUUCCCCUCGCCCAUGCUCUACGCCGGCCCCACGGAGGUGCAGUGGCACUGCCGAGCUCGUAUGAUUGCUGGGGCCAAUUUCUACAUCGUGGGACGUGACCCUGCAGGCAUUCCUCACCCUGAGACCAAGAAAGACCUCUAUGAGCCCACACAGGGAGGGAAGGUCCUCAGCAUGGCACCAGGGCUGACCUCAGUAGAAAUCAUCCCCUUCCGGGUUGCUGCUUACAACAAAGUGAAAAAGGCCAUGGAUUUUUAUGACCCACAAAGGCACGAUGAUUUUGACUUCAUCUCAGGAACACGCAUGAGGAAGCUUGCUCGGGAAGGUGGAAACCCACCAGAUGGCUUCAUGGCCCCCAAAGCUUGGAAGGUCCUCACUGAGUACUACCAGUCAUUGGAAAAAAAGAACUAACAGUGGUCCUCCUCCCUAGAAAGACUUGUGUUAAGAGUGAGCAAUGAUUGAUUGAUUGAUUCCCUAUGUUACAGAUCAGUUACUUGGCAUUUCCAAUGCUCUGGCAGUAGGAUUUUCCUACCUGGGUCAGAGUGGGUUUUUUUGAUUAAUCAGAAAUACUUUGAGCCUGGCCCUUCUGCCCUCGAAGCUGCGGGAGCAUCCCCAUGGAUGCUGUGUUCCCUUUAUUCCCAGCUGAGUGUGGGUGCAGGAAGCUCAAGUGCAGCCCCCAGACAAGCCAGGCAGAUGGUUUUGGUGCCAUCAGGGCCACACACUGGCCCCCAGUGCAGAGCUGGGACCUCAGCACUGAGGUAAAAAUGUGUCUGUCCCCUGCACAGUGCAGAAAUGCAGAAGUGCCUUUCCAUGACCCCUCAUCCAGUGCUGCCCAAAGAUGCAGGAGCUGCCACUGCAGCAAGGACCAGUUGCUGCUUCUGGGCUGGGAAACAGCUCUUGCUGUUCAGGUCCAGUCACUGCCCUCCGAGUUGUGCCUUAAAAAAAUUUUUUUGCUAACAAACAGCGUUUUUUAAACAGCCUUUCUUUUUUAAAGGAAUUUUUGUUAAUCAGCAUUGAACAUCAACAGUUCUUUGUCACUGAUACAAUUGCUCACUGUUCUUCCUGCUUCCUCCUGCUUGACUUCCCUGAUCAAAAUCAGACCUGAGCUGAGCAUUACUGGUGCUCCAAGUUCAGCUUCCCAGGGCUAUCCUUGCACUCACAGUGCAUUUAAGGAGCUGUUCUGAGAGGCACCAUAAAGCCCUGGAGAUCUCUGAGAAAGCUCAGGGCAGCAAGAAAAAAAGGGGAUGCUGUUUCUCUGCUUUUGAGGGUAUCCUCCCAGCUGGCAGGAUGGGAUCCCCCUUUCCUCUGCCUGUGCUUCUCCACCUGAAAGGCAAAUUAAAGGCAAAACAGCAAAAUCAAGAGUGUAAGGUGGGUCUGAGCAGCUGUACCCAAACCAGGCAAGAGGUGGCUCGAGUACUUGCCCACAUCCAUACCUGCAGCCCCAGGUGGGUACAGGGGACC